UGUGCUUUGAGUGAGAGACUCAUAGGUAUAUCAUAGCCGUUACAGCGGUAGUGGGCUGCCUUACUUAUUCUCACUCAAACAUAUUAAUCAAAGAACUUUGACAUGUAUUCAAACAAGAUUGACGGGCCGCGCAGAGGAAGGUCUUUCGACUCUAUGAGUUCUUCAUUGCAUACGUGUUACGAAGAAAAGCAACUGAAUAAUGAGGUAAAUUAUAUUUAUAUUGUAAGUAAAUAAUAACUGGCUAAGCUAAACGAAAUUAUUUUUCAUGCAACAAUACAAAUUAACAGUUAUUUUACGUUGAAUUGUGACUUGUCUUUGGGUGUCAUUAAUAAGCUUUUGUCAAAGGCUUGAAUAAUCAAACAUAAAGCAUUUACUUUUGUUGCGCCAAUCUGUAAUCUUAACCUCCACUUCAUUAGUUCAUUUAUUUAUGUUCACCUCUGGUUAGGUUUAGCUAGCUCUCUUACUGGUGCCAUAAACCACCUAAAUCUGGAGACAAAUGAGAUGCGUAGCCUACGUCAUACAAUAAGGAGGUCAUUGCAAGACACAUUAUUGUUAAGUGAAAUAAAGGAUCACGCAUUCAUAACUUUUCAGAACGCUCACACCGCAAACCUUCGCAGACAUCCGACUGGAUGAAAGAAAGUUAAUUUGUCUGUGUUCACAACGAGCCACAGCAUCUAGAUUUAGGCAUAUCACUGAGAUAUAAACUAAAACCAUGCACGUAAUUGAUAAGCAUUUGCGAGUUUGUGUACAACAUGUUGAUUUUAAUGGUAUUUCCUGUGAGUUGAUGUACAUUUAAUUUAGCUUAAUUAGCCUAUUCCAAAAAUGCUUAAAAUAUUCUGAUGAUCGGCAUAGACUGGCCCCAAAAACCAUUUGGCAUUAACUGAAAUCACACCGACAAAAUCAACAAUUUGAACACCUAAAGAUGAUAAGAGAAUACAUUUACAUUUUACAUUUUAGUCAUUUAGCAGACGCUCUUAUCCAGAGCGACUUACAGUUAGUGAGUGCAUACAUUUUCAUACUGCCCCCCCGUGGGAAACAAACCCACAACCCUGGCGUUGCAAGCACCAUGCUCUACCAACUGAGCUACAGGGGAUCCUACGGAUAUGUUCCCUUGAUGGAUUUAUUGCUGCGCUGAAAGUAGCCAUCUAUAAUCCCGCGUUGGAUUUGGAUUGGAGAGGGCUAUCAUUCGUCACCAAAUGCGAUUACUCCUGCAGAUCUCUUUACAAUGAGACAGACACAACUCAGCAUGGUCAAAAUAAAUUUUGCCUACCGGAUUUUUUUUGGGGGACAGUUUAACGCUUCCAAUCUAUAGGCUAAUUAAGUGUGUGGUAAAUAUUUAGACCUAACAACAUCAGUCUAAAUUAUUAUCUUAUUAUUUUGUCCCUAUAUCUUUUUAUUUAUUGCGUCUGAGCGCGGCCCAGUGUUGUCGCUGUCCAGUGCUGAAAUCUCGAAGUACCCUGAUUAGGCGGAGUAUUCAGUUUGCAUUCAGCUGCAAUGAAUACUUGUGAUUGUUUACUCUUCAUUUACACUUUGGUGAGCUUUGGUUGUGUAAAUACAUUUUUUGAUUUAGGUGCCCUUUCUUUGUGAGGCUAGCAAACUCUAGUUCAAAUACGGCUCUUACGCACAGGAUAUUGAACAAAUCCGUGGGCCUAUCAGUCCAUCUAAAACGCCCCUUGCCCUUUCAAACAAAUUUGUCGUCGGAGGUGAUGUGCUUUUCCAAAACAAUUAACUUCCUGUUCAGCCUUGAUAAAUGGUGUAGCAUAACCCAAAACACAGCCAAAUCCUUACUUUCCACAAAUAGGCCUAGCCAGCUCCGAGGUUUGUUUUUCAUAAAUAUUUUCCCUCUCUUUUCCCAACAGAUUAAAAAAUGUACCUUCACCAAGAUCGACGAGAACAAGGACAACAAGAGUUCAAUUUGGGAGAAUGGUCGCUCUUUAGAAAAGGGUCGCGCGGCCAUCGCCUUCUCCCUCAAGAAUGAAGUUGGCGGGCUCGUUAAGGCGCUAAAACUUUUUCAAGUAAGGUUUAAUAUUUUAAAGUAGGCUAGCAUAUACCAAACGGGUGAUGGUAGACACCAGUGUUGGGAAGUAGUGAACUACAUGUAAUUCAACUAGUAAUUUAACUACAGUUUGCAGUGGUUUGGUGGUAGUUGAACUCAAUUCAAAUCUUGGGAGUAUUUUCAGAAGUGAAUAACUUUUUUUGGCCAUGUAGAGGUGUAGCUAACUACUGGAACUACACACUACCUUUUUUCCAAAAAUAAAAUAUGGGUGAAGUAAUUUCCUUUCUUUUUCAGCAUCUGACUUGCCUAAUUCUCACUUGAAACAUAGUUUUUGUGUUUAAUAGGCUAAAUUGAACAUUCCGUUAACAUCCGACUCCAGAGUGAUCUGUUCAUGCAACUUGUAGUCUAUGACAUUUCAGAUUUAGAUAUGAUCAUUUAUCACGAAGUAGUUUGGACUAGUUAACUAAUUUAGUUAAGUAAACUAUAUUUUUCUUAAGGUUAGCUUUAGUGUAGCUUAACUUCUUCCAGUGUGAAGUAAUUGGUAGCUUAGUAAACUAUAUUUUCAGAGUAGCUUCCCCAACACCGGUAGAGACAUAAUCAUGUACAUCAAGAUAAAUGACAUCACUUUAAAUGUCUUGUUAUUAUUAUCAUCACCAGGAGAACCACGUCAACCUUGUUCACAUCGAGUCCCGAAAAUCAAGGCGGCGCGGCUCAGAGUUUGAGAUCUUUGUUGACUGUGACAGCGGCCAUGAGCAACUCAAGGAGCUCACUGAGCUGCUACGAAAGCACGCCGCCAACGUAGUUGAUAUGGACCAUGACCAGUCCUGACAAUUCCAGCCUGCCUGAAGAAGGUAGGCCUAGCUGCUACUUUUGAAAUGAUUUCAGAGUCCCUAAAGUCUAGCCUCGUAGGCCUAUUACCUAUUACCAGACUGAUUACGGCAGCGAAAGAGAGACUUCCGGAUGGUUGUACGAGGUUACUAAAGGGUCAGUGCUAUCCGGAAUCCUUGGGACGUCCCUACCCUAAACCCUAACCUUAACCCCUACCCUUACUCGAACCAUAACCAUAUCCGUACCUACCCAUAACCCUUACCUUAACCAUUUUAAAAUGUAAACUUCAGUGGGGUAGGGAUGUCCCAAGGAUCCCAGAUAGGUCUGACCAUGACUAAAAUCUAGUGUAGAGGCCAUCCCAGAUCAUCCCAUGUUUUUUUUUUGUUUCAGACACUGAAGAUAUUCCCUGGUUCCCAAAGAAAAUCUCAGACCUGGACAUGUGUGCUAACCGUGUCUUGAUGUAUGGCUUAGACCUGGAUGCUGAUCACCCAGUAGGCAUACCUUUUAAUAUGCUCUGGUCAAUGACGUCACAUUCUAGUUGCAAGCCUGUCUGACCAUAGAUAUUCUAUAAUUAUUUUACAAUGUUCUUUUUUUAACGACUGUGGCAGUCACACUCCUUUUGUAAUUUUUGAGCUUUUAUUGAAGAGAUAGAACAGUGGGCCUGAUUUGAAUCCAUGCCGACUCUGGUAUACAUGUGUGCCGUGGUCAGCGGCUUAGACCGCUAGACCACCAUAGGCCACGAGAUAUCCAUUCAAUGAAUUAACUUAAUUAUAGGAUCUCUAUGUCUCAGACUCUCACUGACCUACUGAAACAGGAGACAAACCUGUAACAAUGUUACAACUAUCAAAGCCAGUUAGAACUACACUGACUGUAUUAGAGUGGCAGAUGGAGGAUUAGACUAAUACCUCUAUUGUGAUAAAUGGCACACUUACGGAACAGCCACUCAGUAAGAUAGUGCAUCAGUUGCUGUCACACCUCAAUGACUUACAGUUGAAGUCGGAAGUUUACAUACACUUAGGUUGGAGUCAUUAAAACUCGUUUUUCAACCACUCCACAAAUGUCUUGUUAACAAACUAUAGUUUUGGCAAGUCGGUUAGGACAUCUACUUUGUGCAUGAUACAAGUAAUUUUUCCAACAAUUGUUUACAGACAGAUUAUUUCACUUAUAAUUCACUGUAUCACAAUUCCAGUGGGUCAGAAGUUUACAUACACUAAGUUGACUGUGCCUUUAAACAGCUUGGAUAAUUCCAGAAAAUGAUGUCACGGCUUUAGAAGCUUCUGAUAGGCUAAUUGACAUCAUUUGAGUCAAUUGGAAGUGUACCUGUGGAUGUAUUUCAAGGCCUACCUUCAAACUCAGUGCCUAUUUGCUUGACAUCAUGGGAAAAUGAAAAGAAAUCAGCCAAGACCUCAGAAAAAAUAUUGUAGACAUCCACAAGUCUGGUUCAUCCUUAGGAGCAAUUUCCAAACGCCUGAAGGUACCACAUACAUCUGUACAAACAAUAGUACGCAAGUAUAAACACCAUGGGACCACGCAGCCAUCAUACCGCUCAGGAAGGAGACGCGUUCUGUCUCCUAGAGAUGAACGUACUUUGGUGCGAAAAGUGCAAAUCAAUCCCAGAACAACAGCAAAGGACCUUGUGAAGAUGCUGGACGAAACAGGUACAAAAUGAUUUAUAUCCGCAGUAAAACGAGUCCUAUAUUGACAUAAACUGAAAGGCCGCUCAGCAAGGAAGAAGCCACUGCUCCAAAACCGCCAUAAAAAAGCCAGACUACGGUUUGCAACUGCACAUGGGGACAAAGAUUGUACUUUUUGGAGAAAUGUCCUCUGGUCUGAUUAAACAAAAAUAGAACUGUUUGGCCAUAAUGACCAUCGUUAUGUAAACACCAUCCCAACCAUGAAGCACGGGGGUGGCAGCAUCAUGCUGUGGGGGUGCUUUGCUGCAGGAGGGAAUGGUGCACGUCACAAAAUAGAUGGCAUCAUGAGGAAGGAAAAUUAGGUGGAUAGAUUGAAGCAACAUCUCAAGACAUCAGUCAGGAAGUUAAAGCUUGGUCGCAAAUGGGUCUUCCAAAUGGACAAUGACCCCAAGCAUACUUCCAAAGUUGUGGCAAAAUGGCUUAAGGACAACAAAGUCAAGGUAUUGGAGUGGCCAUCACAAAGUCUUGACCUCAAUCCUAUAGAACAUGUGUGGGCAGAACUGAAAAAGUGUGUGCGAGCAAGGAGGCCUACAAACCUGGCUCAGUUACACCAGCUCUGUCAGGAGGAAUGGGCCAAAAUUCACCCAACUUAUUGUGGGAAGCUUGUGGAAGGCUACCUGACACUUUUGACCCAAGUUAAACAAUUUAAAGGCAAUGCUACCAAAUACUAAUUGAGUGUAUGUAAACUUCUGACCCACUGGGAAUGUGAUGAAAGAAAUAAAAGCUGAAAUAAAUCAUUCUCUCUACUAUUAUUCUGACAUUUCACAUUCUUAAAAUAAAGUGAUGAUCCUAACUGACCUAAGACAAGGAAUUUUUACUAGGAUUAAAUGUCAGGAAUUGUGAAAAACUGAGUUUAAAUGUAUUUGGCUAAGGUGUAUGUAAACUUCCGACUUCAACUGUAUCUUUUUUGUCUGCAGGGCUUCAAGGACAACGUCUAUCGCAAAAGAAGGAAACAUUUUGCUGAUCUUGCUAUGAGCUACAAACAGUAGGUCAUAUUAUCAUGCUAUGUGAGAUCUGAUUUGGAAAGCUAUGACAUUAAUGCUUCAAUGUCCUAAUGCACACAGGUAUAGUUAGACAUUUCUACUGUAGCUCCACUCUUUCAUUAUCUUUCUGUAUCUCUCUUUCUUCCUCUCUCUCUCUUUUAGUGGGGAGCCAAUUCCGCGUGUCGAGUUCACAGAGGAGGAGGUGAAGACCUGGGGUGUGGUCUAUCGGGAGCUCAAUAAGCUGUAUCCAACCCAUGCUUGCCGGGAGUACCUGAAUAACCUGCCACUGCUCUCCAAGCACUGUGACUGCAGGGAGGACAACAUCCCCCAGCUGGAGGAUGUGUCACACUUCCUCAGAGGUGAGACAGGCAGAGUCGGCAACUGUACAUGACACCACACAGUCUCAUUCAGUCUGAUGCUCAGGUUUAUCAGCAUAAUGAAAGUUAUUGUAAAAUGGAAAGUGUGGAUUUAGGGGUAUCAAAUUAGAUGUUGCUGAAUGUGUCGUGGCCUUUUACAUGAGUAAAAACAUAUGUGUGCGUGUGUGUGUGUGUGUGUCGUCAGAGCGCACAGGCUUUAUCAUUCGGCCCGUGGCAGGUUACCUCUCCCCACGAGACUUUCUGGCAGGUCUGGCUUUCCGGGUUUUCCACUGCACUCAGUAUGUUCGCCACAGCUCUGACCCUCUCUACACACCUGAGCCGUAAGUACCCUUAACGCAUGUUACAUUAAUAAGGAGAAGUUGGACUUGUAAAAUGUUAAUUUAUUUUUUCAUUGUUGAACACAAAUCUAUCUGACGUUGAGUAAAUCAGUGUGAUAUUCAUAGGGACAUAAACAUAGCAAUAUGUCACCGUACCGAAAAUAAUCAUACAGGAACAUGGAGUUUCUUUCCAUACAGAGAGCCUGUAUCACAUCCCUAAGCAAACUUAACUCUUACAGCUGAUUGCAACUCAAAAGGACAUUUUCCACAGCUACAGUCCAGUAUGAGAUAGAUAUUCAAAGGUGCAUACAUAAUCAUUCAUUGAUUGUUUCAAAAAUAAAAUGGAAGAACACUUGGUUACACUGUCACAAAGUUGCACAUGCCGCCUACAAGCUUAACAAUCAACAUAUAUAUGUGUGUGUUUGUGUGCGUUACAGAGACACAUGUCAUGAGCUGUUGGGUCAUGUCCCCCUGCUGGCGGAGCCUAGUUUUGCCCAGUUCUCCCAGGAGAUAGGUCUGGCUUCUUUGGGGGCCUCAGACGAGUCUGUCCAGACGCUGGCCACUGUAAGUGCUAUUUCCAUGACACCAAUAUCCAAACACUGUGCUUGAAUUGAACUGUUUUUCUUGUCUAACUCAUAUAUUUAAACGUUGUUGCCUGUUUUUGUUUUGCAGUGUUACUUUUUCACAGUAGAGUUUGGCCUGUGCAAGCAGGAAGGAAAGAUGAGAGCCUACGGCGCAGGACUUCUCUCCUCUAUCAGUGAGCUGAAGGUAAAGGCAUUUCAUAUUCAUAUUCAAACACCAUUUCAAGGGUAAAAACACCAUCUGAUACAAACCAAGAAUCCUAAGAUACUUUUUUCCCUCAUACAGCAUGCACUCUCUGGCAAUGCAAAGAUCAUGCCCUUUGACCCCAAGGUCACCUGCAAGCAGGAGUGCAUUAUCACUACAUUCCAAGACGUCUACUUUGUGUCAGAGAGCUUUGAAGAGGCCAAAGUCAAGAUGAGGUAGGUUGUUUGUGACAUUACAUUCUUGGCUGUUCUGUGGGCUAAUAAACUAUUCUUUCACCUUUCCAAACCUGGGCUGUGUUAUGUUUUCGUCAUUAUCUGUUCUUAUGCACACAGGGAGUUUGCCAAGACCAUCAAGCGUCCAUUUACAGUGAGGUACAACCCCUACACCCACAGUGUGGACGUGCUGAAGGACACCUCCAGUAUCAACAGCAUGGUGGAGGAUCUGAGACAUGAACUGGACAUCGUGGGCGACGCCCUACAGCGCCUUAACAAACACUACGCUGUCUGACGUGCCUGCCUGGCCCUCAUGCUUGACAAGGGUUGCAAAAUUCUGGUAACUUUCCCAACAUUUCAAGGUAGUCCAGAAAUCCUGGUUGGUGGAUCCACAGAAUCAGG